AUGCCAUUAAACGAUGGAUCAGGGGCGUCAGGAGGUGCUGGCGCAUUACGAGCACCGGUGACGGCGGUGCCGAGCUCUCUUACAAUCGAGGCAUUCGACUCCGGAAAUACAACAUGGAGAAGAUGGCUGCAAAGAUUGCAAGGUGCCUUCAUGAUUUUUAAUAUUCGAGAUGGAGAACGUGUACCCUACUUGCUACAUUAUGUGGGGUCAGCAGCAUUCGACAUCUUGUGCGACCGAUUGGAUCCGGGGGACCCGUUCAGCCAAACGUACGAGUCACUCACAGGAAUUUUGGAGGAAUUCUACGAACCUCCACCUUUGGAAAUAGCAGAGAAUUUCCGGUUUCACCAACGGCGUCAAGAGAGCGGGGAAACCGUGCAGCAGUUUGCAGCUGCACUGCAUAAGUUAAGUAUCCACUGCAAAUUUGGCGAAUACUUAAAAACGGCGCUCAGAAACCAGCUGGUGUUUGGCCUAUCCAGCAAGAAAAUACAGACACGGCUAUUGGAAGAAAAGGAUCUAACGUACGAAGAAGCAUUAAAGGUCGCCACAACAAUGGAACUCUCGGAGAGAGGUUCAGCAUCUCUACAAGUAUCGGUGGUACAACCUACAGCCCAGGUGGAUGUCGUCCGAGCAGGAGCGAAUCAACCACGGAAGACGGGAGGAAAAAGGCAGCAUAAUUUUCAAAAAGGAAAGUAUACAAAUUUCAAGCACGCGGGUAACGAUAUUAAUUUCCGUGAUAAUUCGGGACAGAAAGGUCGUGCGAACGUAAAUAGGACAAAUAACUCGAACUAUUUGAAAGGUUACACUUGUAAACAAAUAACAUGUUUCAGAUGCGGUCGAGGUCAUCUGGCCUCGCAAUGUACACUUAGUAAGGAAGUUCGUUGUUCUGGCUGUGGCGGAAACGGACAUUUGAAGAAAGUAUGUUUCAAAACAAAGGAACAAGCAAAUCAAUUAGAGGACAUACUACAGCUCGAGCAUUCCCAAUUUAGAAACAAAUUUUACUGCACGUUACGAGUCAAUGGGAAGCGUAUUAAAUUCGAGGUGGAUAGUGGAUCAGCGGUAACCGUAAUGAACAGGUACGAUGCACGACGGUUCUUUCCACGUUCGAUCAUCUGUCCUACAAAAUUAAAUCUAGUCGCGUUUUGCAAAACGGUAAUAGGAAUCAAAGGUUAUAUUACAGUAUCAGUUAGAAGCGAUCAAAUCGAGCGUAAAUUAAAUAUAUACAUUACAGAAAUAGAUAGGAAACCGCUAUUAGGUAGAGAAUGGAUACACCAACUCGCUGUUCCAGGCGGAGUGCCUGAUUUUCUAGACUGCAAUGCCGUAGAUAAUAUAGAAGAAAAGGAAUUAAAAUUAGAAGCAAUGUUAGAAAGAUACAGAGAUUUAAAAUCAGACGAGUGGGCGAAGAUAACGGGAGUGCAAGCAAAGUUAAGGUUAAGCCCUAAAGCAACUCCAAUAUUUCUCAAGGCAAGACCGGUGCCAUUUAAGUUAAUUACAUUACUAGAUAAAGAGUUAGAAGAGUUGUCGCGGGUAGGAGUGCUUACAAAAAUUGAAAACUCGGAGUGGGCAACGCCGAUAGUUCCGAUUCUAAAAUCAAACGGUAGAAUACGAAUAUGCGGGGAUUACAAAGCUACGGUAAACCAAAAAUUAAUUGUGGAUGAGCACCCAUUUCCGACAAUUAACGAAAUAUUUGCAAAAUUAGCAGGCGGGAUAAAAUUCUCCAAAAUAGACUUGCGUCAAGCAUAUUUACAAAUGGAGGUGGAUUCGAAAAGUAGUGAGAUACUAACAUUGAAUACACAUCGCGGAUUAUUUAAAGUAAAUCGAUUAAUGUACGGGAUCGCGUCCGCACCGGCAAUAUGUCAGAGAACCAUAGAGAAUAUAUUACAGGGAAUUCCAGGAACGGCGGUGUUUCUGGACGACAUUGUAGUCACGGGCGAGUCAGAAGCUUUACACUUACAAAGAUUAGACUUAGUCUUACAACGGUUACAGAAUCGCAAUAUAAGAAUAAAUUUAGAGAAGUCAAAAUUUAUGAUGGAUGAAAUACAAUAUUGCGGAUUUACAUUACGAAAGGAAGGAAUACUUAAAGAUAGGGCCAAAGUUGAAGCGAUUAAAAGUAUGCCGCGGCCUAAAAACGUGCAAGAAGUGAGAGCAUUCGUUGGAAUGAUAAACUAUUACGGGAGAUUUAUACGUAAUUUGAGUGCGAUACUGUAUCCGUUGAAUCAGUUAUUACAUAUAAAAGUUCCGUUCAUAUGGUCUAAAGCGCAGGAACAAGCGUUUAUAAAAGCGAAAGAUGCUUUUCUAAGUGACCAAAUAUUGGCACACUACGAUUCAAAAUUACCGUUAAUUUUAGCGACGGACGCAAGCCCUUACGGAGUGGGGGCCGUCUUAUCUCAAUUACAUCCGGACGGAACGGAAAAAGUGCUAAAAUACGCGUCGCAAACGUUGUCGGACACGCAACAAAAAUAUUCGCAAAUAGACAAAGAAGCGUUCGGCAUAAUUUACGGAAUUAAGAAAUUUUAUCAAUAUUUGUAUGGCAAUAAGUUCACGUUAAUUACCGACCACAAACCGUUAAUACAAAUUUUUGCACCGAAUAAAAGUCUGCCCGUGUAUAGUGCAAUGAGGAUGCAGCAUUAUGCAAUAUUUUUACAGGGAUUUAAUUACACGAUUAAAUAUAGGAAUUCUAAAGAGCACGGAAAUGCAGAUGGUCUCUCAAGAUUACCGGUUUCGGAAAGUAAUAGUAAUACAGACGUAGUAGAAGCAUUUCAAAUUGAAGAAUUACAAGAGUUGUUGUUAGAUGCAAAUCUUAUCGAAAAAGAAACGCGUAAAGAUACAAAACUGAAAAAGUUAUUAUGUGCAUUGCAGACAGGAAAAGAGGCACUCAGCGAAGAUAGAUUCAAUUUAAGUCAGGAGGAAUUUAAUUUACAAGACGGAGUAAUUAUGAGAGGGUUUAGAGUGGUAAUUCCACCAACAUUGCGUACAUUAGCGUUAAAACAAUUACAUACGGGUCAUUUUGGCAUAAAUAAAAUGAAAGCGAUUGCGCGAGGGUAUUGCUGGUGGCCGGGCCUGGAUAAAGACAUUCAAAGCUUAGUAGAAAAUUGCGUAGCAUGCAAUAAAGUACGAAAUAACCCACCAAAAGUGGAGCAACACAUUUGGGAACCGGCGGCAGCAGCAAUGCACCGAGUGCAUGCGGACUUUGCGGGGCCCUUCUUAGAGAAAUGGCUAUUUGUAAUGGUAGAUGCGUACUCAAAAUGGCCGGAAGUGAAGAUCGUGAAAAAUAUUACGGCUAAGACGAUCAUUAAAGAAUGUACAAAUAUCUUUGCGUCAUACGGCAUUCCAAAAAUAUGGGUUACAGACAAUGGAAGAACAUUCAUUUCCAAGGAAUUUAAGAAUUUUCUCAGAAGUAGAGGAGUUAUACAUAAAUGUACAACGCCAUAUAAUCCGGCCACUAAUGGCCAAGCCGAACGAUUUAUACAAACACUCAAAAAUGGAUUAAAACGUGCGAAUGCAAACGAAAGUAAUAUAGCUGUUAAAUUGGAGCAAUUUUUGUUACAAUAUCGCGCAGCUCCACACACGAGCACAAAAAUGUCACCUGCGGAGUUAUUUUUAGGCAGAAAAGUGCGUACUAAAUUAGACUUGAUUUUUCCGAGAAAAGAAGAGGAUAGAGAUAGGGUUAAUCAGGAAAUUAAAGCGAGGGAAUUGGCACUAAACAAGCGAGUAGCGUGUAGAAACUACAUAGGAAGAGAGUUGUGGAAAUUCGGUAGAAUAAUAGAAAAGUUAGGCAAACUACAUUAUAAGAUUAAACUCGACGAUGAUCGAAUAUGGAAAAGACAUAUUAAUCAGUUACGGCCAAUCGAUGACCGAUCUUUAAAGUCGGAUGAGGACACUGAUUACGGGCCGAUAGAGGAAACAUUACAGGACAAUAAAGUUCAAAAUGAGGAAGCGGAUGCUGAAGUACGAGGCGAAACGGUAUCACAGAUUCCACUAAGUCCAAACGCCACGCCACAACCAGAACACGAAAGAGACAAAGUAGAUUUAAGUGAGAGCGUACGGCGUUCGACUAGGAAGCGCCAACCGCCAUCGCGUUACGGAAACGUAGGAUCUAAAGGAUCCAAGAUACUGUAAGCGCGAGAGAAAAAAAAACAUAUAUACAAACGUAAGUGCGGCGUAAAUAGUAAGCCUUUUCCAAGAAAGGAAGGUGUUAGGAUAAUUGAUAGUUAUUGAUAUUCGAAUAGGCGCGCUACUGUAAUCCGAAAUAGGCGCGCUAUUGUAAUUAAGGAAGACAGCAGAUGGCGAGGCCGCA